AUGGAUAGCCAGCGUUACCCUGAAGGAUUAACUAAAAACCAAAAAGCCAAAUUUAGAGCCAAGGAAAGAGCUCAGAAAAUGAAGGAAAUGCCGCAAAAUGACAUCCAUAAGCAGAAACAGAACAGAAACUUAUUGCGGGAAAUUGGACACGGAGCCUUAGCCGAGAAAGCACUUCGACUAUCAAUGCCGAUAGAUUUUCCCUUCACAACUAGACUUAAUUGUGAAGUUCUUGGAUCUAACGGGUCGUCUUCUAUGGCCAGUGUUUGUGCGGGAAGUUUAGCUUUGAUGGACGGUGGAGUUCCGGUUACACAUCCCACGGCGGGUGUUGCCAUUGGCCUGAUUCACACUUCGGAAAACAAAGAUGAUCAUCAAUCGUCAAAAUUAUUACCUCAAGAUGAAAAGUUUAUCAUCCUUACCGAUAUUCUUGGUAUUGAGGAUCAUUUCGGUGAAAUGGACUUCAAGAUGGCAGGAACUGGUUCUGGAUUAACUGCUCUACAAUUAGAUAUUAAAUUACCUCAUGGAUUACCAAUUAAGGUUAUCAAAGAUGCCUUGACCCAAGGUCAAGAGGCUACUAGAAAAAUCCUCGAAAUCAUGAGCAGAACGAUUCGUCAGCCAAAUGUUUCUCAUAAAGAAAAUUGGCCGAUAACAGAGACAAUUGAGAUUCCACCUCAUCGUCGAUCACGAAUUUUCAGUUAUGGUGGAUCAACAAUUCGUAAAUUAACUGUUAAUUAUGGAAUUAAUUUACGACAAGAUGAUGGCGAUCCAAAUAAAUUGAUUCUCUUUGCACCGGACAAAAAGUCUUAUGAAAUUGCCAAGAAAACGAUUGAUCAACUUCUCGAGAUGGAUGAUUACGAAAAGAAACUUGAAUUCAAAGCAAUUUACACGGCCAAAGUUGUCGAUAUAAUUGAUUCCGGUGUUAAGGUGAUCAUUUUUCCCGGGAUGGAUCCCGUUUUCAUACCAAAUCGAACUCAACAAAUACUACUAAUACAAAAGUAAAUCACUCGUAUCAUCACAUCAUCAUGGACGAAGUUUGAUUCUGGUAAAAGACAAUAGAGGGCGUUUGAAAAUCUUAUGAUUAGAGCUUGACAAUGUUUGAUUUGACUCCUUAUUCAUUUAUUUGUUUACCUUUUUCUUUUACUCUAUAAUAAAAUGAACGUUUCUCUAAGUAAGAAUUUAACUUCUUUUCUGAUUUAAUUUGUGAAAUAUCACCACUGAACCUUUACUAUGACUGUCUCUGAGCAGACGAAUGUUAAAACUAGUGAACAAAACAUCAAAAUUACACCCUGUACUGAAGAGGAAAAAAGCUUUGCUAUGAAUGAAACAAUUCCUGGUGAGAUGAUUAUAUACCUGUAUGUUCAUGGGGAAAAAAUGGCUCCUCGAGAGAUUGUUCAGAAGAUGUUGUGGAAAUCUAAUCAUCUUAAGGAAGAAUGGGUGAGAGAGGUUCAACAAAUGAAAAACAAAGAUAAUUUGCUAAUCUUCAUUAAGCUAACAGCUGAAGCCAGAAACAAAUUAAUGAAGAAGACUGAUCUUUAUGUCAGAUACUGUGAAUUUCUUCUGCCUGCUUUUGAUCUUCUCAGUUUAAAUACCAGGUUAAUACUUGAGCAGCUCAUUACCUCUGACAAUCCUGAACUCGCUGUCCACCUAUUGAGAGACUAUGGUUUCUGUGGCAGAAUCUUUGUUGAUGUUGUUAAAUAGAGUUAAUGAUGGCGUCGCAUCAUUGCUGAUUCAACAGCAGCUCUCACCAAUUGGUGGCUCCCCCAUUGGGAGUCGACUCUCUGAGUCUCUGCGAGCGGAAAGUUUGAUAACAUUUGUUCACUUUUUACUUAGUUCAAUGUUGUUUCUCAUGGUUUGAAAUAAUUUGCUUAUUUCGCGACAAUUACUCCUCCUGAGCUGCCAACCAGAUUUAGGGCGAUACGAGGGGCAGUGUUGUAUGUGCACAGAAUCCAUCAUCUCGUAGCACUCGUGUAUCAAUAGCUUAAGAUUGCAUUCAACGAAUUUGAUAUUUUUCAUCAGCGCUCUCAUAUAAUAUUUGAUUGAUUUUCUGAAGAUUAACAAAUUGUUUCGUCUGAAUAUUAGUUUCAUCAAACCCUUAAGCAUAUUAACAUUGUCAGUAACUUCUAACUUCUCGAGCUUCUGUCUUAUUUUUUUGCUAUUUGAUUUUUCGUUUUGUCUAUUGGAAGUGGUUGAGACUCUAUUUGUCCUUCAUUGUUACAUUCCAUCAUUUCCACUUUCUCCAGCGUCCACCCCAGUAGAUCGACCAAUUCAGACUCUUUAACACUAUUGUAACCUUUCUGUUUUUCGUUACAGAGUAUUCGAAGUUUACGACUUGAGUUCGCCUUUCUCCUACACAAACUCAUCAGAACUCUCUCCUUGUCAAAGUUUGAAUAGACACCAACUGGUUCGUAGUGCUCAUGAAUUUGCAUGCCAAAGUUUUCCCUCCAACAAAAGAGUCCCGCUGAAUUUAUCACAACCCAAACAUCACCCCAUUCAUCACUACCACAUGUUUUUUCCGUUAUAUAUUCCCAAUCCAUUGUCCAUGACCAGUGUCUUCUAAUCUCAGGAGCCCAACCAAUAACAGGAAAUGAUUCUUCUGAGAAAUCGCCACCCCACAGAUCCAUUAUCAUCUCCACGAAGUAAGUAGCAAACGGAUUGGGUAGACCAUGAAGUGAUUCAAAGAAUUUGUCACGAUAUUUUGUUUUCUGAUGGUGUAAUUUACUUGUUAUCAUUCUGCCCACUCGCAUCAACAUAAUGACUCUGUAUUUGUAGAGCUUGUUCUCAAACCAGGGGCUUGGACCCAGAGUCUUCAUGCUAUGACCUAGGUACGUGUUGUAAAAUAUUUUCAAUUGUUCCACUGUUAAGAGACUCAUAAUCGCUAAUUGUUGUUGAUUAAGCUUGAUUUUAGCCACCAGUUGUCUAAUUAUUGCUUCAGGCCAUGUGCUCAUAACCGUCACCAUACCCAGAAUGGUAUUUGGCUUCCUCGGAUUGUUCAGUUGUAUUACCUUCGUCUUUGUUUCAUUCAAUUCAAGAUUAAUGAGACCAAAGAUAAAUUUAACCUUGGCGACAGAUUCUUUUAUACUGUUCGUCAUUAUCAUCACGUCAUCCGCGUAUGCUAGAACAAUCAUCUCCUCCGGUCUCGAGUUCAGCAUUUUCAACGACUCGUCCAUGGCCAGAACAAAUAACAAUGGACCAAGACCAAAACCUUGUAAUCCCUCGGCGUCUUCAACCACCUUCAAGUUACCAUUUUGAAAAGUUCGUAGUCGUCUUUUGCGUAUGAAGUUCUUUAUCAUACUUUUAGUCUGUCGGUCCAAAGGUUCCAGUCUUCUGAUUAUUUCAACUCUCGAAACUUUAUCGAAUGCUUUAGUUAGAUCAGCAGCAAUAACAUAAUCAUAUUCCCGAUACUUAUCAUAUAAUUUAUACAAGAGUUUCUCUUUCUUCUGACCAAGAUAAGCAAACUGCAGCCCUUCAUCUAUUGCCUGAGUUUCCUGGUUCCAUUUUUUAAGACGAUCGACCAAUAUCCUGUCAAUUAUUUUGGAUAAGAACGAUUGAGUACGCACGGUCCGAAAAUCACCAUUCGCUUUGGGUAUCAGCGUACCCCCACUAAUCAGCAAAUCACCCGGUAUCCAUUCCCUCUUGAAUAGUCCGUCAACCAUGUUCACAAUAGCUAAUUUAUGUUUGUCCCAAAUUUUUAACCAACGUUGAAGGCUGAAUGGAUCAGCCCACCCUGAGCUACUUUUGAACUUCAUGUUGAGCGCUUUUUCUCUUUCCUUUGGAUCUAAGCCACAUGAGUGAAUUGGACGCAAACCACUUGGAGGCAGAUUGUAUUUUUGAAAUAGCAUCAUUUUCCUGGCGAUCGGUAGGUCGAAGGUAAUCGUAUCGCAGUUUGAUCUGCUGCGUACUAAUUUUAUCAGUUAUUCAUUAUUUAGAGUGUUUACAUUACAGACCCGCUUUUUCGCCCGAUAUUCUUUUAAUUUCUCAAUGAAUUUGUUCCGCUCUUGUGUUCCAGCUUUCCUGAGCUUCUUUUUCAAACGACGAGUCUUCCUGUUUCCAGUCUCGGACAUUACCCUUUUAACUCCGCGACCCAUAUUCAACAGCCAGGAGAUUUGAUCUUCCAAAUUCGCAUUGACCGGACAGGACUGUUGAUUUUCAUAUCUUAUUUGAUAAAGAUCCUGAUUGUUAAUCCGUUUGGUAUUGAAUUUAAUUUUAACAGCCAAUCUUAUCAAGUGAUGAUCCAAAUUCAGCCAUUCGCAUUUUUCAAUGAACGAUUUAUUCUCCAGUACUUUCGCAUUCGUGAGAGCAAUAUCAAUGCGUGUUCCUCUCGACGAUGCAGAUCUAACGGCCGGUCUCGUCACACCAGAUAUAACAUCUCUCGGCAAAACUGACACGAAUCCCUUGGUGAUUAGAGCAUUUCUCAAUUCUUCAGAGAUUGAUUUGUUCACAUGAGAGUUGUGUCCGCCCAUAAAUCAGUUUCUAAGUUUACAUCACCUAUGAUAAAACAUGAAUAAUUCUCAGGUAGUUUGAGAACGAUAUUCGUGAGAGACGCAAGAACUGGCAUGUUUCCCGGGCUGGAGUAAACAGCCACCACAAUUAUAUGGCAACCGUUUUUGUUAUACAUCCCAACGACAAUGUUACCAGAGAUAAAAUGUCUCUUAAUUCGCCAAGAAGGAGGAGAGUGAAGUCUAAUUCUGUCCCCUUUGAUAUCGUCUUCAUAUUGGCCAUUGUCCUGGUCUUCACUGCAUAUUACAAAUCGUCUUCCUUCCGAAAGUCUUCCAACAAUGUCGCUCGUAUUUUUCCUUUUGCAAACAUUGGCAUAACUAAUUUUGAUAUUCAUUUUUCUUUCUUUUAUCCUUUUCAGAAUAUUAUUGUUGUUUAACUGUUAAAAGAAAUUGUAAAUUGAGAAGAUAGAUUAAUUAACUUGUUUAAAGAAAGAUUUUGUUUAUUUAAGACUUGUAAGUAACAUGUUUACACAAGGUUGAGUCUAUAUAGAUAAGUAACCCUCAACUUUGGGUUUACAAUAAGAGUUGAAGUCGGUUGGCGCCAAAUAUGUAAGUCUAAAGGUUAAUAUAAUAGUUAAUGAAGGAGAAAACUCGGUUAAUUGUGUAUUGGUAUAAAGGAAGAAAAAAUUUUGUUAAAUGAGGAAAACAAGUUCCCUUUUAGGUUUUUUCAUGUUUCUUUUGAGAACUUAUAUAGAAGUAAAUUGCAAUUAAUUUUUGUUCUCCUGUUUUUAACGAUGUCUGAUAAUUGGCGAAAACAUUAGAAUUCUUACGAAUUCAUAAUCACACUUGACCCCAAGCAUCUCAAAGUUAAUUAUCUUAUCGAAUUGUGGGCAUAAAAAGUCGUUGGUUACGUGCUUUCUGUCUAUUAGAUUAUCAGGGGCUUCGCAAGCAAUGCAGCUAAUGGGUCUACGAUUGCAUGUACCACCAUGAUUACUUCGAGAUUCACCACAGUUCGAGCAUUUCUCAUCUCCACUGCAGAUGCACAUACGCUCACCAACCAGUUUACAACAUGAUGGACACUGAUCAAAGUUAAAAUAAUCACCAAUCUCGAUGUUGUCACCAUUCUUCAUCUCAAGCUUCCAGUUGUUGUUAAUUAUUUCUGUUCGAUUCGCCCUGAAAAUAACUUUUUUGAGUUUAUCCUUUGUGUCCAAUACCUCAAGAAUUUGAAUUUGGUUUAGCUAAAGAAACUGAAUUGGCCUCUAACUUCUGGGUCAGUGAAACGAUCUCCAGAAAUCAUCGAUCGAUCAAUCGAUACUCACUCUCUCUACAAUAGAACAAAGAAAUGAAUCAAUAUUCGAUACACAAAAUCGACGUGUACUUCAAGCUCUAGAUCCAAUAGGAGGUAAUUGGUUGGAAAACACUGAUAGUUGAUCCAAAUUGUAAAUUAAAACUAAUUGUUUUUUCGUUUAAACCAAAUUUUGUAUUUCUCUUUGUAUAUGUAAUCAUGUAGUCAUUUGAUUCCAACAAUAAAUGUCGAUCACUUUUCAAA